GUGAUUGAUGUGGGAUCCGAGUGGCGCACGUUUUCCAACGAUGCCAACGCAAAGGAUAUGUGUCGUGUGGGUGCUACGGAGAACCCACUUCUGAACGGUAGUGACCUGUCUACAAUGAUCAGCGGUUCAUCCUUGUCUGAUUCGAGACAGGUGGACGAACAGGGAAAGCCGCUUUAUCGGAAUAGACGUAAUAUGUCGUCCGCUGGUCGUGUCCUAACUGGUGCGUUCCGUGAAAUCAGUCAGAUGGCAGAAGACCUCAACUUGCCCAAAAAUAUCUCGGAUCGUGCUAACCUGCUAUUCAGGCAAGUGCAUGAGACCAAGAACCUUCGCGGUCGGAGCAACGACGCCGUCUCCACAGCCUGCCUCUAUAUGGCCUGUCGACAAGAGGGUGUUCCACGGACGUUCAAAGAGGUUUGCGGUGUUUCCCGGGUCUCGAAGAAAGAGAUUGGUAAAGUUUUCAAAAAGAUUCUCAAAAUUCUGGAGACUAACGUACAAUCGGUCACCGUGGAAGACUUCAUGUCUCGUUUCUGUGGUAAUCUGAACUUGAAUAUCGCAGUUCAGCGUGUCGCGAACGAAGUCGCUAAACGAGCCCUGAAUUUCAAUCUGGUUGCUGGUCGAAGUCCGGUGUCGGUGGCUGCAGCCGCGAUCUACAUGGCUGCCUACGCAUUGGGUUAUCGAAAAGAGAAGCGAGGUUAG